UAAGAUGUGACUAAUUUUCAUUCGAAGCUAAUGAAAAGAUUCAAUCUUGAACUACUAUUUCGUCCACAUCCGAAAUUUUGUUGCUGCGAAAACUCCAAAUAUAGCCCAAGCAAAUAUCUGUGUCUGUGAUAAUAGUGUUAUAGUUUCUCAUUAUGUACACGUAGCUUUCGUCAGUUAGCAUAUUUUACACGUCUCAAGAAUUUUGGUCUUUACCAUUGCAACCCUUUUGUAUUUUCUUCAAGUUUUUCUCCUCUAAACUUGUGAGCUUUUUCAAUAUUAUUAGAGUCUGGGUCCAAAAGGUGAAAUUUGCUAGAUCAUUGAUGAUCAAGAUUUGGUAUUUCAUGUAAAUUUGUAGCUGAGAGGGGUUCAAUUUGGACUUUUCCUGAUCUGGGUCAUCUAUAUUCUUCUCUGAAGAUGAAGAUGAAGGAAAAGGUAGGGUUUUUAGUGUGUGUAUGGUUUGUGCUGUGUGGUUGUUGUUUGGGUAGAUUCGUGGUGGAGAAGAACAGCUUGAGAGUAACAUCACCAGACCCAAUCAAAGAGGUGUAUGAAUGUGCAAUUGGCAACUUUGGGGUCCCACAGUAUGGAGGAACCAUGGUUGGUAUUGUUAUGUACCCAAAAACUAAUAAAAAAUCAUGCAAGAAUUUCUCGGAUUUUGAUAUCUCCUUCAAAUCUAAGCGUGGAGGCAUGCCAGUCUUCCUUCUUGUUGAUAGAGGAGAUUGCUAUUUCACGCUGAAAGCUUGGAAUGCUCAGCAAGCUGGAGCAGGCGCUAUUCUUGUUGCUGAUGAUCGUGUUGAACCUUUAAUUACCAUGGACACCCCUGAGGAAGAGGAUGCAAAGGCAGAUUAUUUGCAAGAUAUAACCAUUCCAUCGGCUUUAAUUAGCAAAUCUCUUGGGGAUAGCAUCAAGAAGGAACUAUCUAGAGGAGAAAUGGUUAACAUAAACCUCGAUUGGAGAGAGGCUCUUCCACAUCCUGAUGAGCGAGUGGAAUAUGAAUUUUGGACCAAUAGUAAUGAUGAGUGUGGCCCCAAGUGCGAAAGCCAGAGAGAGUUUGUCAAAAACUUCAAAGGGGCUGCCCAAAUACUUGAGCAGAAAGGUUAUACGCAGUUUACUCCCCAUUACAUAACGUGGUAUUGCCCGGAGGCUUUUACUUUGAGCAAGCAAUGCAAGUCCCAGUGCAUCAACCAUGGCAGAUACUGUGCUCCUGACCCUGAGCAAGACUUCAGUAAAGGUUAUGAUGGUAAGGAUGUCGUUUUGCAAAAUUUACGGCAAGCUUGUUUUUAUAAGGUUGCCAAUGAAAGUGGAAAACCUUGGUUGUGGUGGGAUUAUGCCACUGACUUUGCAAUACGGUGUCCAAUGAGAGAGAUGAAAUACACAAAAGAAUGUGCAGAUCAAGUAAUCAAGUCACUUGGGUUUGACGUCAAACAGAUCGAAAAAUGUGUUGGAGAUCCUGAAGCUGAUUCUCACAACCCUGUUCUAAAGGCUGAACAGGACACCCAGAUAGGUAAGGGUGCUCGUGGAGAUGUGACUAUCUUGCCAACUCUAGUUAUAAACAAUAGACAGUACAGAGGUAAGCUGGACAAGGGAGCAGUCCUCAAGGCAAUUUGUUCAGGUUUUGAGGAGACAACCGAGCCUGCAAUUUGUUUAACUGAAGAAAUAGAAACAAAUGAAUGCUUAGAAUCAAAUGGUGGUUGCUGGCAGGACAAGGCUGCUAACAUUACAGCAUGCCAGGAUACUUUCCGUGGUAGAGUAUGUGAAUGCCCAGUAGUUCAGGGAGUAAAAUUUGUUGGUGAUGGUUAUACUAACUGUGAAGCAUCUGGAGCAUUGCGAUGUGAAAUAAAAAAUGGGGGAUGUUGGAAGGGAACCCAAAAUGGCAGGACAUAUUCUGCUUGCAUUGACGAUCACACAAAGGGUUGCAAAUGUCCACCAGGAUUCAGAGGGGAUGGAGUUAACAGUUGCGAGGAUAUUGAUGAAUGCAAGGAGAAGCUGGCUUGCCAAUGUGCUGAUUGCAAAUGCAAAAACACUUGGGGUAGUUAUGAUUGCAGUUGCAGUGGCAAUUCAUUGUACAUGCAUGAACAUGACACGUGUAUAAGCAAAGAUGCGAAGUCAGGGUUCGGCUGGGGCCUUGUUUGGACCAUCAUCUUGGGUUUGGCUUUUGCAGGGGUUGCAGCAUAUGCUGUAUACAAGUAUAGGAUCCGGCUCAAUCAUACUAAUGAAAAUAUUCUACUGCUCAAACUUUCUACUCCAAGAUAAAUUCUAAAACUUAAAAAUUGCAAUCCAUAUGUUCUACUGUUGGGUCCGUGCUGCCACGGGCCUUGCACUUCUAGUCAUUAAAGAUGGAGAACUUUCACCUGAUGAAAACACAAAACUAAAAUCAUUUGAAAUGUUAUGCUUCUUCUAAUUAAUCAGUUUUUCCAUGGUAAUUAACGAAUGAUCUUCAGAACUAGUGCUGUUAAAGUGAUUUGGGAAUUUGAAAAUACUUAGACAUGUCAAAUCUCCUUGGAUGCUUUUCCUUUUGGAUUUUGCAUUUGAGUUACCUGUUGAAGUAGUUUGAUCCUUAAAUAAACAUGGUUGAUGGGAAGGCCAGCAAGUUCCUUCUGUUUUACCAUAAAUUCCAGUUAUAUAGCUUCCACUUGAGUGUGUAAAAAGUCUCCAAAAUGAGCUGUGCCACCAAAUCAAUAAAAGCAAGAAAGUCAAGAGCUUUUUGGGUAAAUAUCAAGUUUUUGGAGUGGGAUAUCUUUCUUUGAUUCUCAGAAAGAGAGGAGCUCAAAGGUUUCUUUCUGAUGUCGUAUAUUUCUCUCCGAUCACCAUCUUCGGGACAGAUUCGUCUUCUCAGUUUUUGCCUUUCUUAAACUUAGCAUGAAAUCCAUUGGCAUAUGCAGAUACGGGGCUCCUAGAUUCAAUGCAGUUUUUUCCUUUUAUCUGUUUUCUUGUUCAAUGUUGCUUUCACCUUUCCAUUAAAUCCUGAAACCUUGUAUGUGCAGAGAUACAUGGACUCAGAGAUUCGAGCCAUCAUGGCACAAUAUAUGCCUUUGGAUCAAGGAGAAGG